AUGGGGAACUUCCUCGCGCGCUUCGGCGAAGAUGAGACUCCCGGCAGGCUCCCAAAAGAUGAGACACCAGCAGCCGGGCAGCCGCCGGGCCGGCAGGGCACCAGCCUGGUCGGUCAGCUCCACGUCUUCGACGGACCGCCGCCCCGCGUCGAUGGCGGUUGGCCUACCCUGGCCAACACCGGCAGCGCUGCAGGUGCUGCCUUUGCGCCCGGUCGCAUCACCCCCUCAGGCUCAGGCUCACGCUCACGCUUCCCUUCUUCCUCUGCCAUUGCGCCCGGUCGCAUCACCGCCUCAGGCUCCGGCUCCGCCGCCACACGCUCUCACUCUGCCUCCACCUCCGCCUCCACGGAAUUUCUUACAGUUGAGGAAAGGAAAUUGAAGGAUGUGGUGGAUUUCUGGUCUAGGAUGAAGAAAGGCAAGCAUAAGUUGGACACUUGGGAUCUUACCUAUCUGGAAUACAAAAUCUUCUCUUGGUCUCUAGAGGAUGUCCUCAACAAGGACCUGCUCAAGGAAAAGGUGAAGAAAAUACCCAAGACAUUCUCGUCGCUGGAGCAUUACUUGGAUUCGUUUGCUGACCCAUUGGUCGAGGAAGUACACGCGGACUUCCUCUCUUCGUUCGAGGGCUACCACCAAGCACCAUUCGUUCAGGUAACCAGGGUUCAGAAGCUCGACCAUGGCGAGAAGUCCCAGGCCUUCUUCUUCUGUUUCCUGGCUGCCCGGAGAACAUCGUACGCUCCCGUCAAGGACGACAUCGUCGCCGUCUCCUCCUCGAGGAAGGGCAAGCACCCGUUAUCCUACGUCCUGGGUUCGGUUUGCAAGAGCUGGGAAGACGACGAGGAUUUCCCUGCUGACUGCUUCAUCGUCAGGCUGUCGAUGGCUGUUCCGCCCGUGGAUGUCGACGCUGGAACGAAUAGGCCCAUGGCGCCACUGUUCGUCUCGUUCCUCAUGAACACCAAGACGUACAAUCGCAUCUGGACGUGCCUUCAGCUGGGGAAGACGAGCGGUCGGAAGAGAGUGAGCGAUGCCGGUCUCGUGGAUGCCGUCUGGAGAUACAGCGCCUCAAAGGCAGUGGAAAAUGACUCCCGGUCCCAGUUAUCUCACCGGUCCCGUGCCACCGACGACCUUGGGCUCGACAGGUUCAGGCUUAACGAGUCGCAGCUGAAUGCAGUAGAGGACUCCGUUGCAGCAAUGGGGAGCCCUUCUCCUUCCCUGAAGCUGAUAUGGGGGCCUCCGGGGACUGGCAAAACCAAGACCAUCAGCACCAUACUCUGGGCGAUGCUGCUCAGGGGGCACCGGACGCUUACUUGUGCUCCGACCAACACCGCGGUGCUGGAGGUCGCGUCUCGAGUAGUCCAGCUUGUCCGGGAGUUCUCAAAUGGCGGCAGCGGCGGCUGCUUCCUGAGUGACAUCGUUCUGCUGGGAAACAAUGAGAAGAUGAAGGUAGAGGCCAGCCAUGAGCUCUCUGCGGUGUUCCUUGACUGUCGCGUCGAGCGGCUUUCCCAAUGCUUCUCGCCAAAUGGAGGCUGGGGGCACUGCUUGCGUUCGCUGACGGAUUUUCUUGCGGAGCCUGUGAGCAAAUACCAGCUGUACACCGAUAAAAUUACCAAGGACCGUGAGGAGGAGGAGAAGAAGAGGAACAUUUCAUCAAAUGUGCUAGAUAAGAACAAAAAUGUUGCAAGAUGCAAUAAAGGGAAUGAUCAUGAAAAGGAUAGAUGCAAUAACCAAGGAGACGAGCAAGUGUUUGUUACCCUGUCAUUCAAGGAUUUUGUGAGAGCCACUCACAAGGAACUCGCUCACAACUUGUGCCACUGCAUCGAGACAUUGCAGAAUGAUUUCCCAAGGGACCCUACGACGGCGCCGAAUUUCUGGUGCAUGUCCGAUGUGGUAGAAGUAACAAGAGUUCUUGGUGCGUUGCUAGACGCCGGUGCCGGCGACAGACACGAGGCAUGGGUGAGCGAUGUCGGCGAUGCCUGCAGCCCGUGCUCUGUGAGCAACGAUCCUCCAUGCAAGGAAUGCAGAUUCAGGAAAGCAAGGUCACUCUGUCUCGAACAACUGGAGUAUCUGCGCAACAAUCUGAAGCUCCCCGGCUACUGCGACAAGCGACCGAUUGAAAUCUACCUGCUCCAGAGAGCCAAGAGUAUCCUGUGCACUGUUUCCACUUCUUUCAGGCUGUAUAACGUACUGCCCACGGACAAUCAGAAACCUGUUGGCGGGCAAGGACAACGGCAACACAAAGAGCCCGAGAUCUUCCCCCCUCUGGAGUUGUUGGUCGUCGACGAAGCCGCACAGCUCAAGGAGUGUGAGGCCAUGAUCCCGCUGCAGCUGCCUUGUAUAAGGCACGCUGUUUUCAUCGGGGACGAGCGCCAGCUACCUGCUCUCGUCAAGAGCAAAAUAUCCGAGAACGCCGAUUUUGGAAGAAGCAUCUUCGAGAGGCUGAUCUCGCUAGGCUGCCGCAAGCACCUCCUGGACACCCAGUACAGGAUGCAUCCGGAGAUAAGCAGGUUCCCUGUGUGGAGGUUUUAUGACGGCAAGGUAGGUGACGGGGCCAACGUCGUCUCCAAGAGCCACCGGCGCCGGCUCUUGAGAGGCAACAUGUUUGGGCCGUACUCAUUCAUCAACGUGCAUGGGGGGCGCGAGAGCAGCGAGGAGCAUAGCCGGAGCCCCAAAAACACCAUCGAGAUCGCCGUCGUCUCGCUGAUAGUCGAGAGACUGUUCCGAGAGUCGGCUUCUUCGGGAACAAGGCUAUCCGUUGGCAUCCUGUCGCCGUACAACGCUCAGGUGAGGGCGUUCCAGGAGAAGCUGGAGAAACCAUACGGAAGCCGCGAUGGUUUCUCUCUCAAGAUAAAGUCCGUGGACGGGUUCCAGGGCGGGGAGGAAGAUGUCAUCAUCAUAUCCACGGUGAGGAGCAACGAGGAUGGCGCGGUCGGGUUCCUCAGGGACGCGAAGCGUACCAACGUGGCUCUCACAAGGGCCAAGCAUUGCUUGUGGGUGAUUGGCAACGCGGCGACUCUGUCCAAGAACAGGUCCGUCUGGCAGGACAUUGUGUACGACGCUCGGAGGCGACAGCGCUUUUUCCAUGCCGACAGGGACAAGGGUCUGUCGGACGCAAUGCAGGCGGCAGCUGUUGAGCUCGAUGCCGCCGAUAAUCUGCGCAAGAUGGGGUCCCUGCAGUGCGCGGCAUAA